GCUAGUGCUCGACGAUUGACCCUCGCGAUCUCUUCGUCCUCGCUAUAUUUCUCAAUUGAACUUGUCUGAAUGUGGCCUCACCAAGUUCUCUCCAGUCUGACAUCUUGACACAUUCCCCAAAAUAUCCCCGUCCCUUCUUUGUCUAUCCGCUCCUCUUCGCCUUCUUGGCGUAUUUUCUUCUCUGCAAGUUAUCCUACUACGUGAACCUGAGCUAUCCCAUUUUUCUAUUCUAUUUCUUUUACCUUUAUGUGAUUCUUUGACUCCAUUUCUUUCUCUUCAACUCAAGGUCUUGUCUUUCUUCGUUAUACACUUUGGGAGGAAGAUUCUACCAAGUGGGGUUUCUGGUUUCUCUUUGGGUUCCUACCUUUUGCACCUUGUCUUUAUCUCCUCUUCUCUUUUAUAUUCAGUGUGAGUCUGAAGCCUCCACCUCCAUAACCACUUGGAGGGUUUCUUCGCCACUUUUGAUGGGCCUUCGAUUUUGACGUCUUUUGGCUAUUGGGUGCGGUUGUUUCGAAUUUUGAGAACAUGGGUUUCGAUGAAAAAGGCAAUGAGGUUCCAGAAACGCCCAACACGGCUAAAACGGCGAGGGAUGAUGAAAGUGGCGACGAAGAAAGGGUGGUUACAGGUAUACGCAGAAGUGAAAGCUCCGUUGCUUUGACCGAGGAUGAGGACGAGGAGGAGGAGAGCCAAAUCGAAUUGGGGCCCCAAUGUUCAUUGAAAGAACAGCUUGAGAAAGAUAAGGAUGAUGAGAGCUUAAGGAGGUGGAAGGAACAGCUUCUUGGAAGUGUGGACAUAACUUCUGUUGGUGAAACUCUUGACCCAGAAGUGAAGAUCCUGAGCCUUGCAAUCAAGUCCACCGGUAGACCUGAUAUUGUUCUUCCAAUCCCAGAGAAUGGAAAUCCCAAGGGCUUGUGGUUUACUUUGAAAGAAGGUAGCCAUUACAGGCUGGUUUUCACUUUCCAGGUCAACAAUAACAUUGUUUCGGGUCUCAAGUACACCAACACAGUGUGGAAGACCGGUAUCAAGGUUGACAGCACUAAGGAGAUGAUAGGAACCUUCAGUCCCCAGGCAGAGCCUUACACUCAUGAGAUGCAUGAAGAGACAACACCUUCUGGGAUGUUUGCUAGAGGAACCUAUUCGGCAAGAAGUAAGUUUAUUGAUGAUGACAACAAGUGCUACUUGGAGAUCAACUACACAUUUGACAUCAGGAAGGAGUGGCUUUAGAAGUGAAGGGGUUGUUCCUUCCUUACAUGAUAUGCUUGUUUAAUUAAUUAAUCUUUCAAAUUUCAAUGCUCACCGGAUUAUGUUGUUGUCCUUUUUUUUUUUUUUAAUGUAUUUGUAAUCCUGUCUGAGACCUGUGAUCUUAACAAUGAUGAGAGGAUUUUGAGGGAAAAGGGAAAUUCAUUUGAUACAUAGCUUCUCAA